CGCUCCGCAUGUCACCCCGGGCCACGACCAUGGUUGCCGUAAUGCUCCCGCUGGUCGCCGCCCAGUACGCGGCGGUGGCCGCGGUCUCCCCCGCGGCGUGGACCGCACUGAACGCGACCGUCCACGGCCGGCUGCACACCGCCAAACCCUUCUCGCUCCCGUGCUUCUCGCUAUACGAAAACAAGAGCGUCACGCCCGACCCCGCGGGCUGCGCCGCCGUGCAAGCCGGAUACGCCUCAGGUGAAUACCGCUCGGCGCGAUACGACGCGUUCGUCAAUCCCCAGUGGGAGGCGUGCAUGCUCGAGCAGGAGAAGUGUCUGCUGAACGCGAACAACGUCACGGACCCGACCGCCUACGCGAACGGCGCAAACUGCGCCCAGGGCGGCGUAUCGCCGUACUACAUCGCAGUGGAAGAAGCGAGCGACGUCCAAGCCGCGUUCAGCUUCUCGGCCGCGCACGGCGUCCCGCUUUCGAUUAAGAACUCGGGACACGACUACGCCGGACGAUCGGCGAAGAAGGGAUCUUUGGCGCUUUGGAUGCGGAAGUUGACGUCGCUGGAGUACAACGCCAGCUUCGUUCCCGAAAACUGCAACGGAUCUAAACCCGUCCCCGUCAUCACCACCGGGGCUGGCGCCCUCUUCGACGACGUGUAUAAAUUCGCGGACGCGCAGAACGUGACGUACAUCGGUGGAUACGCGCAGACGGUUGGAGCCAGUGGCGGAUUCGUGAUGACCGGUGGCCAUAGCGUUCUGUCCCCCGUAUAUGGUCUCGCCGUAGAUCGCGUCGUUCAGUUCAAGCUCGUCACGCCGGACGGUGUCCUUCGCGUCGCGAACGAGUGCACGAACCCGGACCUGUUCUGGGCGCUCAGGGGCGGAGGCGGGGGCACGUUCGGCGUCGUCCUCGAGUCCUCGCAUCGCGUCGAGCCGCGAUUGACCCUGCAAGUGGCCAAAGUCAGUUUCACGAGCACCGUCGACAGCCUCAGCCAGUUCUACAACAUCACGAUCAGCAACGCGCUCAAGUGGGGGCGAGAGGGGUGGGGAGGGCACAUCUCCGGCUCUGGCUUCAUCAACCUCACCCCGCUGCUGACCCUCGACGAAGCGAUCGCGAGCGUGAAGCCCGUGACGGACUUCAUCGAGGCGCAGAACGGCUCCGUCGUCGUCGAGACCCUCUCGUCCUGGCUCGAGUUCUACAACAAGUACCUCGUCCCCGCCGUCACCCCCGUCGGGCAGGAAGUCGUCCUCGCCUCGCGACUGCUCCCGAUCUCGCUCUUCGAGACGACCGAAGGCCAGGCGAAGAUCGUCGACACCUUCACCGACAUGGUCAAGCAGGGCCUCUCGCCCUACAUCCCGAUCGUGCCCCCCUUCCUGCACAACGCCACCGCGAACGCGACGUCGGCCUCGCCGGCGUGGUACACCUCGCUCUGGGAUGCUAACUGUGGCGGGUUCUUCGCGUAUAACGCGAGCAUUGCGGACGAGGAGGCGGCGUAUAAGGUCGGGCACGAUUGCUCUGACCAGCUCAAGGCGCUCGCUCCCGACUCGGGCUCGUACAUGAACGAGGCUGACAUAUACGACAGCGACCACCAGGCGUCAUGGUGGGGCGCGAAUUACCCCCGUCUGUUGGAGAUCAAGAAGAAAUACGACCCCCGCGGGCUGCUGGAUUGCUGGAAAUGCGUGGGUUGGAAGGGCGAGCAGUCCAAGGACUUCCAGUGCUACCUUCCUUCUUCUACCAUCACAUAACUCGAGUGCAGGUGACGAUCCGUACUAGAAUCGGCUCCUUCCAGGAGGCUAUCGACC